CAGGUUCGUACAGGGGGCCGGGGUGUAGUAGUGCUGUGGUAUAUGGUCAUUCCUCUUCGAUCGUGGUCUUGAAGGGAAGGCGGAGGGAAAGUAAGUUCUAAAACUUCUUUCCAGGGCCCUACGAGGUUGGAGAAGGGAAGGAUUUACCAGGGAUUGGUGUGCCAGUGAAGGCUGCCCGUCACCAUGUCUUUGGUUAUUGCUGUGGAAAGUGGGAAGAGUCUGCCAAACAUCGAGAAGUUUGGUACGAUCGACCCCUUCGUCCAGUUGAAGUUCGCAGGUUCAAAGAAGAAGACCAAAGUAGUAGACGAUUCUACUGAUCCACAAUGGAAUGAGACCUUGGAAUUUAAUCUCAGUGACAAGCCACUUACAGCUUCCGACUCAGUAGAACUUGAGGUCUAUGAUCAUGAGAAGAUUGGUCGUAACAAAUUGAUUGGUUCAUACACCUUAGCCUUGCGUGAUGUGGUCAAAGGUAAACAGAGGUCCAAACGAAUGGAAUGCAAGCUCAAGGAUCACAAGGGCAGACAGUGUGAGGCAAUUGUUGUUUGCAAUGUCACCUACAAUGCUCCUCCAGGAUCUGAACCACCACCAUCAGGUGGAGCCAAGGGAGGAGGUGGAGGAGAAGCCUCUGCAGGAGCUGUGCAGGAGGAAGGAGAAGAAGGAGAUGAAGAUGGUGGUGGCGUUAUGGAUGCCGGUGGUGAUGAUGGAGGCGAUGACGAUGGUGGUGAUGACGAUGCACCAGGAGGCGGAGGAGGAGGAGGAGGUGGAGGCAUUGGAGGCCUCAAGCGCAAGAAGAAGAGUCGCUCCAAACUUUCCAAGAAACCCCAAGACUUCCAGGUGAGGAUCAAGGUCUGGGAAGCACGUCAGCUGGCCGGAGGUAACAUUCACCCAGUCUGUAAAGUGACCGUCUCUAAUCAGACCAAGAUGACCAGGGUCAAGAAGUCCACCAACAGACCUUACUUUGAUGAGGUAUUUUUCUACAAUUUCCACAUGAGCCCUGCCGAGCUUUUUGAUGAAGUAGUCAACUUCCAAGUAUUCAAUUCCCGUCAGCUGCGUAGUGACGCCCUGAUCGGCGACUUCAAGCUCGAUGUCGGUUCCAUCUAUGAGGAGGAAGAUCACAACAUCGCCAACAAAUGGCUGCUCCUGUCCAAUGCUGAUGAUGCCAAUGCUGGAGCUAAGGGAUACCUCCUCGUUAGCAUGGGUGUGCUAGGAUCAGGAGAUGAAGCUCCUGUGUUCAAGAAAGCAGAUGAAGCAAAUGACAUUGAAACAAAUUUGUUGAGACCUGCUGGUAUGUCUCUCCGUAAAGGAAUGUUCAUAGUGAAGGCUUACCAUGCUGAAGAUGUUCCACAGAUGGACCCUGGAUUCUUUGAAGGUGUAAAGAAGUUCUUUGGUGGAGGUGAUGGUGAACAGAAGGAACUUGUAGAUCCAUACCUCAUCGUUGGAUUUGCUGGAAAGAAGAUCCAGUCAUCUGUAAAACAGUGUGAUCAGAACCCACAAUGGAAUGAAGAAAUCCGUCUUCCAAUUCGGUUCCCAUCCAUGUGUGAACGUCUCAAACUCCAACUGAGGGACUGGGAUCGUCUAUCAAGUGAUGACUAUAUUGGAACUGCCUUCCUAGAUCUAUCUUCCAUGUCAAGCCCAGGAGAAGAAGGUUUCCUACCCACGUUUGGGCCAACCUUUGUUAACUUCUACGGUUCUACCAGAGAGUUUUCAGACCUGCCAGAUCAGUUUGAAGAUCUCAACAUGGGCAAGGGUGAGGGUGUGGCCUACAGAGGGCGUGUCCUUGUCAAGAUCGAGACCAAGCUCGGAGACCACCCGGAAAAGAACCUUGUGGAGAUAGAGAACGCCGAGAUCCAACGAGUUGGAAAGUUCCUCAGCCGGCGCAAGUACCGUCUCUACUGUGCCGUCCUGGACGCGACCAUGGUCAGCGAGUCUGACGACCCCGUCGAGUUUGAGGUCAGCAUCGGUAACUACGGUAACAAGCUGGAUGACAGCGUGGCUCCCCAACCGUCCACCACCCAGCCGACCAACGCUGUGUACGAUGGGUGCAGGUAUUACUUCUUGCCAUGGAGUGAGAACAAGCCACUGCUGAUUGUCAACUCUGACUGGGAGGAUAUCUCCUUCAGAUUGGAUACUCUCAACAUGAUCCUACGCAAGACUGAACGAUUGGAAGCCAACAUGGAGGAAGUCCGACUGUCUAUCAAGUCUGGAGCCCCACAAGCAGAGAUUGCUGCUCAGCUCAUCGGCAUGAUUGAUACACUCAUUGCUGACUGCAGGAUGCCCCUUCCUAACAUUGAUGAGUUGAAAGACAAGGUCAAUGAACUUGACCGUCGCAAGUAUGACCGUCGCGUCUACGCCUUGCAAACCAUCGCCAAUGAUGCCCUGAAAUUGCGAGAAAACGCGACUGAUGUGAACGAGGCCAUGGAUGAUGUAGAAGGAUACCUACAUCUACUGCAAGAUCUUGCUGUAGAGCCCCAGAACUGCAUGCCUGAUGUGAUCAUCUGGAUGUUGAGUGGAAGCAAGCGUAUCGCCUACUCACGCUUCCCAGCCUACCAUCUUCUCUACUCCUCCCGCUGCGAGGAUGCUUGUGGCAAGUUCUGCGGCAAGAUCACAAGCUUCUUCCUCAAGGUACCAACAACCGAGCCUGACAAGAGAGCACCGGAUAGAGUUCCAACUAUGUUCCCAGGGAAGAAGACCAGUAACAUCGGGGUCAAGGAGGUACCGGGAAUGAUCAGGGCCAAGCUCUGGCUUGGUCUUGAGAAGGACAGUCCUCAGUUCCAGGGUGGACUCACAGACUCCAGCAUUGUGGUCUUUGCAGAGACGUAUGAGAAUCAGAUGAGUGUUCUAGGUAACUGGACCAGCAAGGCACUGCCACGACCAAAAUGGUCUGACGCAUCAGGAAAGAUCAAGCUACCAAAGGAGAAAUUCCAGCUGCCUCCUGGAUGGCGAUGGGACGGUGAUUGGUUCAAGAGCCCCGAACUCAGCUUGAUGUUCGAUGCAGAUGCAGGGCAGACCAAGUUCCUUGAAGACAUCUAUGAGCACGAGCAAAGGAACAUCCCAGGAGGGGCAUGGCAGGUCGCUACUGUACCUUACGCCAAUGUGAAAGGAGAUCCCACUCCUAAGAAGGAUGAGUUUGAAUGCCCAGAAGGAUGGGGUUGGGAUGAUGCUUGGGCUCUAGAUAACAACAGAGCCUGUGAUGAAGAUGGUUUUGAAUAUUGUGUGGAAUCAUCCGUUGCCAGCUGGGGGCCUGUUGAGAGAACGUACCAUCUGUGCAGACGUCGACGAUGGGUUCGACCUCGAUCUCUCAUUGCUGACCCCAAGGCUUUGGCCAAGAAAAAGAAGAAGGAGAUGGACCAGCAGGAGGGAUGGGAGUACGCCCCUCUCUUCAAUAUGAAAUUCCAUGCUUCCGAGAGAAAGAUGGACAUGGUCCGUCGACGACGAUGGCAUCGCAAGAUGCUGGCAGAGUCUCCAAAUGCUGCAGCGGUCUUCUCCGUGACAGGACCUGAUGAUGAAGAGGAUAAGAAGGACAAGGACAAAGAUGAUAAGGCCUCCAGGAAGUCAGCACCAAGGAUAUUCGUCAACUACUCAGUAUCUCACAAGUACCAAUUGAGAGCAUACAUUUACCAGGCCAGAGAUCUCAUUGCUUCUGAUUCAGAUAGCUUCUCAGAUCCAUUUGCCUAUGUGAGCUUCCUGAAUCGCAGUCAACAGACUGAGACCAUCAAGACCACGCUUAGCCCAACCUGGGACCAGACCUUGAUCUUUGAUGAGAUUGAGAUCUUCGGAGAUCCAAAGAUCAUUGCUGCCAACCCGCCGGACAUCUGCAUUGAGGUCUUCGACUUUGACAGUUUCAGUAUUAUGGGAGGAGGAAGCAAUGAAUUCAUGGGACGUACAGUAGUGCGUCCUCUUGUGAAGCUAGAUGCCGCUGAUCAGCGUGUUGCUCGUCUGGCCUGGCAUCAGUUCUAUAAGGGAUCUGGAACGGCCGGAGAACUCCUCGCCUCCUUUGAACUUUUCUUGAUGUCUGAAGGCAAGGAUCUUCCUUUCAUGCCUCCAAAGAAGGGAGAAUUAUUCAUUGUUCCCAAUGGUAUCAGGCCGGUUCUACAACGUACAGGAGUUGAGAUCCUCUGCUGGGGAGUUCGUAACAUGAAGAAGUACCAGCUCGCCUCUGUCACCUCCCCCAGUCUUGAGUUUGAGUCGGGGGGUAAGAUCAUCAAGUCAAAGGUCAUCAAGAACACCAAGAAGAAUCCCAACUUUGAUCAGCCUCUCCUCUUCCUGGAAGUGCAUCUUCCCAAGGAGGAGCUCUAUACCCCUCCAAUCAACAUCAAGGUUCGCGACCACCGGGCCUUCGGUCGCAAGCCUAUUGUCGGUGUGUGCUCCAUCAAGAAGCUUGAACCCUAUCGCUGUAUACCUGCCAUUGAGGGCGAAACCACAGAACCAGGUGAUGCACCAGCAACCAAUGGUAAUGGUGCAAGAACCCCCGCACCACCUCAACAGCAACAACAGCCCCAACAACAAGCACAACAACCACCACAACAACAACCCUCUGCCGAGGGGACAUCACCGGCUGAGAAAGGGAAAGAUGAAGAUGGUCUUGGUAUAACAGGAGACGAAGUGGCCCUUAUUUCUAGCGAUUUAUUGGAAACAAGCAUACGGAAGUUAACCAAAUCGAAGCCAGAGAUGCCUACACUGGCAGAAGAUGGCAAGACACCACUGCCCCCAGCUGCACAGACUGCUCCAGGUCAGCCAAGAGAGGGCAGCACUCACAGUCAUGAGAAUGCCGGAGAGGGUGACCAUGUGAUCAUGAUGCCGGAAGAAGAACCUCCAAAGAAGGGAGACAAGAAGGGGAAGGGUGGAGAAGAAAAAGUCAAGAAGAAGUUCUUCAAAUAUUUGGAUAAAUUUUCUGUGAACGAAAAGAAUAAGGAUAUCUUUGAAGACGAGAUUGAUUGGUGGUCCAAGUAUUACGCCUCUACUGGGGAAACCGAGAAGUGUGGGGACUAUCUGGAAAGAGGCUAUGACAAGAUAGAGAUCUACAACAAGCCUUUGGAAGUUCUUGGGACGAACGACUAUUUCCAGGACUUCUGCAACUGCUACGAUCUGAACCGUGGAAAGCAGGAAGACGAGGAUGAGGAAUCAAGCGGAGUGGGAGAAUUCAAGGGUCUCUUUAGGAUCUACCCGUUGCCCGGUGACCUGAAGGCCGAACUGCCUCCAAAGCAGUUCAGCCACCUACCCCCAUCAGCACCGGUGGAGUGUGUCAUCCGUAUCUACAUUGUCAAGGCCCUUGAUCUCCAGCCUCAAGAUCCCUCUGGAUUGGCUGAUCCGUACCUGAAGAUCAAGCUUGGAAAGAAGAAGAUUGAUGAUGAAGAUGACUACAUACCAAACACGCUCAACCCAGUCUUUGGAAAGAUGUUUGAGGUCAAGACGUUCUUACCAGUUCACAAAGAUCUCAAGGUAACCGUCAUGGAUAAGGACUUGCUGAGCAAAGAUGACAUCAUCGGUGAAACGGAGAUUGAUCUGGAAAACCGAUUCCUCACCAAAUUUCGUGCAACAGUUGGACUACCAGAGAGUUAUAACACCUCUGGCCCCAACAAGUGGCGUGAUCAGAAGACACCAAGAGAACUGCUUGAGGAUUACUGUAAGCUACAAAAGAUCCCUGGACCAUUCUUCUAUGGAUCCACCAAACUCACCAUGGAGGGCAAGAUGUACAAUUUGGCUGACUUUGAAACGAACAAGAUGCACAGCGAGCAUGAGGGCCCCCAGGACCAGCGCCUGGCCCUCUACGCACUCCGCCAGUUCCCCUUGGUGAGGGAACACAUCGAGACACGCCCGCUCUACAGCCCUCUGCUGCCGGGCAUUGAACAGGGCAAGCUGCAGAUGUGGGUGGAUAUCUUCCCCAUGACCAUGGGGCCACCGGGUCCUCCCUGUGACAUCACUCCCAGGAAACCCAAGAAGUACGUUGUUCGCUGUGUUGUCUGGAAUGCUAAAGAUGUUAUCUUGGAUGAAACCUCCAUCACUGGAGAGAGGAUGAGUGACAUCUACGUCAAGGGCUGGAUGGCCGGUGAGGAUGAGAAGCAGGAGACCGAUGUCCACUACCGGUCACUGAACGGUGAAGGAAACUUCAACUGGAGAUUCUGUUUCCCCAUCGAGUACAUUCCUCCUGAACAGGUCCUAGUCAUCAAGAAGAAGGAACAUUUCUGGAGUUUGGACAAGACUGAGACUCACGUUCCACCUGUUCUUAUAGCUCAGAUCUGGGACAACGACAAGUUCUCACCCGAUGACUUCUUAGGAUCCAUUGAGCUAAAUCUGAACGGUAUGCCCAACCCCGUCAAGAAGGCAGGGAGUUGUUCCCUCAAGCAGCUACCCAAUGAAGCCAAGGGAAAAGAAGUCAGCUUGGUGUCUCUCUUUGAGGCCAAGCGUCUCAAGGGUUGGUGGCCUGUCAUCAGUGAGGAGUCCGGAGAACGGGAGCUCACUGGCAAACUGGAGUUGGAGCUUGAGAUCUUGACAGAGCAAGAAGCCGAGGAAAGGCCAGCUGGGCAAGCAAGAGAUGAACCAAAUGCCAAUCCUGUCCUGGAUCCUCCAAAGUAA